AGCCCCAGCUCCCAGAUUCCUGUUAUUCCCUGGCUCCCGUUAUUCCCCAACUCUCACCGUCAUUCCCAACCCUCGGGAACAUGCCGUGCCAGGCUGGGAGCAUCCCACAUCCCCCAGGCAGCAGGAUGAGCAGCCGCAGCGCGCCGUGCCAUGAAUUAUUGAGGCAGGGGGAAAAAGUGGAUUUUGGCAUUUUCCGGGGCCGCGUGGUCCUGAUCGAGAACGUGGCUUCGCUCUGAGGCACCACGGUGCGGGAUUACACCCAGCUCAACCAGCUCCAAGCCCGCUACCCCCGGCGGCUGGUCGUGCUGGGCUUCCCCUGUAACCAGUUUGGAUACCAGGAAAACGGCACCAACGAGGAAAUCCUCAACACCCUGAAGCACGUGCGGCCGGGGGGCGGCUUCGAGCCCAACUUCACCCUGUUCCAGAAGUGCCAGGUGAACGGGAGAGACACCCAUCCCGUGUUCGCCUACCUCAAGGCUCACCUGCCCGCACCGGUCGACGAGCCUGCACACCUGAUGGCCGAGCCCCGCUUUGUCGUCUGGAGCCCCGUGCACCGCUCCGAUAUCUCCUGGAAUUUUGAGAAGUUCCUGGUGGGGCCUGAGGGGGAACCGUUCCGGCGCUACAGCCCCCGUAUGCCCACGGCCCAACUGGAGCCCGACAUCCAGCGUCUCCUCAAGCUGGCCAAGUAAUCCUAGCUCCAGUGUGAUCCUGGCUCUGGUGUGAUCCUGGCUCCGGUGUCACCCCGGGGUGGCCCCAGCUCUCUGCAGAAUGACAGCCCCCUCUGAAACCUCCACGGGGAGGGGGCUUGAUGGGGGCAGAGGGUUGGAGCUACCGGGGCGGCGUGGGCUGGUGGCAAUAAAUGAGCCGCAGGGAGUGUGCCUGGA